GCGGGUCUAAGACAAGCACAAACACCGUUCCCACUCACAGUGAAGGAGCAAGGAGGUGGCAUGAUGUCGUCAGACAGGGAUAAAAGGGCUGUGUUUGGUAAAGGGAUCGCGUUCGACCCCUGCCAGCUUCGAGACCCUUGGGAGAACAGACCUCAGAAGAUCAGUGAGAAGGGACGACAGGAGAAGGAGGGGCAGGAAAAUAGAGACCUGAAUCGGCUUAUUAAAGAGCGGCACAUUCGACUGAUGGCAUUGGAGAAGAAAGGAAAGGGCAGAAAGAUGGUGUAUUGUCCUCUACUGAAACGGUUUAGGCUUGAUCCUCCACUAGACGCAGCCCCGCCCCCGCCCCCACCCCCACCCACUCCCAAGAAAUCACCACGACGGGUGAAGAUAGAGAUCCCCAAGCCAGUGGAGAAGAAGCCCACCCCACCUAAACCAUCACCUCCUCCUCUGCCCAAAGUCAUUCUCUCUUACAAAGACUUACAAAGACGAUCUGAGGGAAAAUGGUGGAGGGGUAUUAGGGAUAGAGAACUACCGAAUGGUCCAAGUGAAUGGUCAAAGCCCUUUAAGUGUCGACCACUGCAGUUCAGUAGAAUCCUUUACGACCAAACAUUGUCGUGGCAGCGGGGAUGGCCAACGUUCAGCCGGGAAAAAAGCAACAAACUACUGAAAGUUAAACCUUUGGAUGACAAAGUUAACCUUAAAGAGUGGAAGGAUUCUUGGAAGAUGUCCAGGCCUUUACCCAAGCAGCACACAGAAAACAGGGGCAUUACAGAAAAAGUAAAGGCUUUCAGAGAGUGGCAGAAUCGCUUGGCAAUCAGCAGAAAUAGAACAUCUACGGCAGUGGAGAAGAAAGGAAAGAACAGCGACAUGUCUAACUUCAGGUCUAAAGUGGCACCUCCACCAAAUAUACAUAAAUCUGAGCCACCAACUCAUGAGAAGAAACAUGAACCACUCCUUCAGCUGAGGAAGGAGAGCUCUGAGGAAAAUAAGCCCACCGUACCCAAGAGCGCAAAGCCCCCAGCCCCACAACCCAAGGAGAAGAAGCUGCUUGCUAGAAAACCGUCACCUCCUCAGGAUGACACAGUAAAUCUUCCAUGGUGGAAGAAAGUUUGUAGGACGUCCAAGCCUUCACUCAAGCAGCACACAGAGAAUCAGAUGAUUGCAGAAACUGUGAAGACAGGGACGGGCGAUGACAUGUCUGACUCCAGAAAAAUCGUGAUGAGCCUUGACAAUGAUGCUGACAUUGAAGCAGCACAUUUGGAGUCCAGGUUUGGAGACCAGGUUUGGAGGCCAGGUUUGGAGGCCAGGUUUGGAGGCCAGGCCAAGGUGGUACCUCCACCCAUACCACCCACAAAGAAACGUGAACCACCCAAGAAAUCGCAGUUUGAUGCCCCCCAAAUAACUCAGGCUUCAUCGGACAUACUUGAUGUCGAUAAUUGGUCAGAAGCCUGGAAGACUCAACCACUGUUGUUGAACAUUAAAGAACAAGUAUCUCUGGAGGCUUGGGAGCAGGAAUGGCCAGAGUUCACAGAGGAACAAAAUGAUAAACGACUGAAUGCUAAGCCUUUGGAUGACAAUGUAAAUCUUACAGAAUGGGGGGAUGCUUGGAAGACGCCCAAGCCUUUAGCCAAGCAGCACAUUGAGGACUUGACGGUUACAGAGACAGUAAAGCCCAAAGCCUUGACAGGUUGGAGAGAGGCAAGGAGGCUCUCUGGUGACAAUGUUCAAAAUAAUCCUCCAAGCUUGAAGGAUUGGCGUGACUCGUGGAGUUUCUGCCAAGAGCAUCGCUGGUGGAAGGUUUCUAUGGACUCCCAGAUGUCAAAACAACUUUUUUCCCAUCUAAGGAAAAGGGGCGGAGGGCUUUUUUUGUUUUGUUUUUUGUUUUUGUUUCUUUGUUUUCUUGGACACAAUACGGACUGGGGACAAUAGGACUUAAUUACCAUGACAGCCAUGAAGCAAGCAAACAUUACAAACAAAUAAACAACACAUUUAGGUUAAGACAAAAACAAUGACAACCAUGCAUUACUAUCAUUAUAACCUAAUUAACUUAAAGUAACUUUUAAAAGACCAAACUCGAAGAAAACUGUUAACAGUAUGUGAUGGGACAUGUAAGGAAAGGAAAGGGAAGGAAAAGAAGGCUGGUAGAAAGUGAGAUGUUAUGGCAAGGAUUUUGUAAAGUGUAUGUAUGCAGAUGGGAUUAGGCUGUGGGGGAUUGUGGGCUGAGGGCCCUUGGGUAAUAUUUUUGUCAGCAGAUAAACUUUAGAAAAGAUGGUGGAUAAAUGAAGAUAUCUUACGACGUUUACCAUUGAAAAAAAUGGUCACAGUUCCGGUCUACUUAAGGAGUGGCUCUCGGGUCUGGUAUAAUUAGUUAAUUGACUGUACUGUAUAUGAACCAGAAAGAAUUAAGGAGUGAGAUGUUUCGCUUCCUCCUCCGUCUCUGACUGUAGGCAUUUCCUAAUUCCAUCAGGACCCAAACUGACAGAGCUGCACUAGUUGACUUCAAGAAACCCGAAGAAGCUUCCUUUUCAGAUAUGUAGUGUUUGAUAUUAGCGAAUGUGGGACACAUUUUAUUUUUACGUGGGCAAGGAUGUGACAGGGUGUAGCUGAUAUUGUUGAGUUAAUUAACAUAGUCAUGUUACAUGCCUCCUAUUGGUCUGUUCAAACUGAUUCUUUGUGUUUUGUCUUAAUUGAUUGCAGGUGUGACUGCGGAGCAUGCGUCUCCUCCUGUUAUCUUAAAAUGGCUGCAUUUCCUGCCAACCAGGAAGAGGAAAAAAGAGCCGCUGCUACCUCCAAGUCCUUAGACUAGCUCUAGCCUAUGGACUGAACUCCCAAUCACAGUUGAAAAUAAUUAUAUCUAGUCUCUGUGUUUAUUGUGACAUUCUGAGUACAUCUUGUCGGCUCAGUGUCUGUGGGGACUUGGAGACAGUCAGCAAAGGUAAUUCUUGUUUUUUUGUGUGUUUGUGGGCUUGGCUAUACCAUGCAUGUAGCACUUUAAAGUCUUUCAGACAUUUUUGAGAGAGAUGAAUGCAUUUUUUGUUACACUUAAUACAGUUUGCUGUGUGUGCACUAUAGAUGGGUUAGCUGAUAACGUCAUAAACGAUUCACACAUUUCAAUGGUGAGUUGUGAUUCUGGAUGGCCAGAUAGCUUCCAACAAUGACAAACUGCCUGUGGGGAAUCGUAAGUGACUAGUUUCAUGUUCUUUAUGUGUCUUGUUGAGGUGUUUUGACUGGUUUCAUGUCAAUGCUAAUAUGGCAAAUUUGCUAGCUAGCAAACCAACAGUAGCAAUGUAUUUGAGACAAGUGCUCAUUGUGUAAAUGUAUGUUUUCAAUAAACAUUUGACAAAUCAAUUAUAUUUAUUCAAUCUAAGCCAACUGUUUGUUUUGCCCCAUAGCUCUGCAUGUGCUGGUUGCUCAACAACCAACCUGUCUAUAGUUGCUGUGCUUUAAGAUACUUUUACUAGCCUUAAUUGAAUAUUGCAUUUAAACACUGAAGUCUUACAUGAAUGCCUUGUUGUAUUAGACACACAACUGUAACCUUGAAAUAUUGCUUGUAAUAACAUUAAAGAGGCGCUAACUUGCCGAUUCCGCUUGGGAUUUUUCGUUACUCAUUAAGAACAUUUAGAUUUAUGUCUUGGAGUUGUAGUUCAAUGUGGGUGUGUUUUGUUUGUCCCUCUUAAGUCACCGCCCCAAACAGGCCACCAUACCGACUGGCUUAUGAACCGUGAGAUGCAGCAUGCCAACAUGAUCGGUCAGGGAAGCCUCAAGCAUACUGCAUUUCCUGCAUUCUAGAUGUAGCUCUCUUUAAUGAAAAUUGUUUGUGAUGCUAACGUUAGCUCACGAAUGUGAGGAUGUUUGAAAGCCCAUGCCGUUUAAAACCCCCCCCCCAAAAAAACAUGAAUAUUCUUUCAAAAUAACAUUUGUGACAAUAUCUUAAACGGUAUAUAUUGUCUAAACAAGUCCAAGGUGUUGUGUGCUAAUGGUUAGUUUGGCUGCCUGUAAAUAAAUGGGUGGGUUGUAAGUUUAUUCUGGUGAGUGAUUGGAUAGCGUGAACUGGGCAGCUGUUAUCCGGAGGAUUUGAUUACUGCCAGUCGUGAUUAGACUGCCAUGCAGUGAGCCAAUGGGGGCAGGAUUUAAAUCACAACCCAACUCAUGUUAAGUUUUGACAUCCUCAGUUACACAAAUCUUACAAAACUGUUUUGGAAUAUAUUGACAUUAUGACCAAUUAUCCUACUUACAGAUUUUGGUACUGGAAUAAAUGUUUGACUGAAAUCGAUGGCACAGGUCAUUUUCAACCAGAGAAGUGGGUUCUUGUGCUCAGUUGCACUUUAAAUAUUAGUUAAUUCAAUUAAAAAUCAUUUUGUGCUACUGUGUAGUGCGCUUUCCAUGAUUUCAGUACUGUCAAGUGUUUUAUUUUUUCACUGCUCCAUUCUUACAUUUUUUUUGCUUGAGGACCUUCCCUCUAUGCUACCUUUUUAUUUAAAAAAAAAAAAUCAAGUAUUAAAUGGUGUCGUCAGCAGGAGCAGCUAUAUGUAUAAUUUAAAUCCCCCAUGUUACAUAAUCAUACAUUCUAUUUGGAAUUCUCAUUUGUUCCAUGUAAUUUGAAUAUUCUUUUGUUCAUAACUGUCACGUGUGUGUAUAGACGGACCAAGGCGCAGUGUGAGUAGCGUUCCACAUCUUUAAUAUAAAGUGAAACUAUGCAACAUAAUAAACGAAACGUGACGACAAUGAAACUACACAAACACAAUAUCCCAUAACCCACAGGUGGAAAACAUGCUACUUAAGUAUGAUCCCCAAUUAGAGACAACAAUUACCAGCUGCCUCUAAUUGGAAUCAUACAAAUCACCCAAACAGAAAAACUAAACUAGAACCCCACAUAGAAAAUAUAAACUAGAUUAACCCCCCAGUCACGCCCUGACCUACUCUACCAUAGAAAAUAAAAGCUUUCUAUGGUCAGGACGUGACAAUAACGUUUGGAAAAAAACAUAUGGAAGAGACUUUAGACAAGACAACUUAUGCAUGUAUUAAUGUAAAUUGAAAAAUGUAUGCUUUUCCUUGUUUGAAAAAUAUGGCAAAUUUGGCCUCGAAGUUCUGUCGAGGUUGUUCAUGUUCACUGGGAUAUGAAUUCCAAGAAUGUCUACUGGGCCACUUGUCCCAUGAAUGGCACACCACAUGGACUCAAAGUUGGAGUGUUUUAGGGAACCCAGGAUAAGUAGUGAGCACUUGUCAUAGUGAUGGCAUGACAAAACCAUCCAAUCCUGUAAAAAUAGAUCAGAGUCACCGUGGUUUAAAUAGAGCACAGAGCCAUCCAGACCUGACACAGAGACAUAUAAACCAUUUUUAUCCAAGUGACAAGAGACAUUGAUUUUACAAUUUAUAACAUAUAGUGGAUUACAGAAUGAAUGAGUUUACUCUACAAAUAUCAGUAUCAUAGUUAUUUAAGGCCCCUGAACUCAAUGCUUUUGCAAAUUGAAAUACAAUACCGGUUUGUAGCAUGGGAAGAGCUAAGCAUAUUAGGGAAAAUAAAAUAAUGGAGGUGAGGAAAAGUCAGAUUGAGGUUAUUUAAACAAAUACAUUCAAUUUCAAUUCUCCUGAAUUUUGAAAUAUCCUUUUUCUUCAGAAUCAUAGGUUACAUAGAACUCAUGGCAUGGCCAUAUGAUAUUUAACUUUUCUCAUAUUUCAGUGGAACUGUUUGUCUUUGUAAUGAAUCUACAGUAUAAACCACAACCUGGGAUUGGAUUCAUCCCACGAUUGAAGCUUCUUCAGUUUCUCAGCCAAUUAUAGCACAGGGGGUGAGUCAGUUUGGCAAGUCACACAGACAAGAAACAGUGCGCUGUACACACAGUAAAGGAGCAAGGGAGGAAGAUUCUAUAUAUUUAUCGUUCUUUAUCCAGACCAGUGACAUUGGGAAAGGAAUCUAUUUUUUUCACGGGAGCCCUGGCCAAGAAGAGGUGGCAUGAUGUCGUCAGACAGGGAUAAAGGGACAGUGUACGACAGCUUCCAGCUCAUGAACCAAUGGGAGAACAGAGCUAAGCAGUUCAGUCAGAAGGGACAACUGGAAAAGGAGAGACAAGGAAAGAGUGCCUUGAAUGGGCUUUACAAAAAGUGGCAGUCUUGCUUGGCGAACAAAAAUGGAACCCCUACGGCAGCGGAGAAGAAAGGAAAGGGCAGCGACAUAUCUGACUUCAGAAAGGUUGCGGUGAUCCCAGACAUUGAUGCUGACAUCAAAGGAGCCAUGUUUAAGGUGGUACCACCACCAAAGAUUCCCAAACCUGCUCCAUCCCCACCACCACCACCCAAAAAGAAACCACCCAAGAGGGCAAAGCCCCAAGUUCUCAAACCAGCCGGGGGCUGGGAUGAGUCAUGGAAAAGCCUGAAGCCCCCAGAGCAGGAAGUCCAACCUGAGGAAAAAUGGUGGAGGGAUUUUAAGCCAGAUAGAUACCUACCUCUCAGCGAAUGGGCAAGGCCCUUCAAGUGUCGACCACUGUUAUUCAGUUUCAUCCUUCACCAGCAAACAGAGUGGUGGCAGCGAGGAUGGCCAGUGUUCAGCCGGGAACAAAGCAACAAACUAUUGAAAGCUAAGACUUUGGAUGUCGAAGUAUACCUUCCAGGGUGGGAGGACGCUUGGAAGACAUCCAGAUCUUUAUCCAAGCAAUACAUUGAGAACAAGAUGAUUACAGAAACAGUACAGCCCAAAGCCUUCUUCCCAGGCUGGACAGAAUCUUGGAAGGUCGCAGGUGAAAAUGUCCAAAACAGUGGCCGAUAUCUUAGGGAUUGGCACGAGUCCUGGAGUUUGUGCCAAGAACACCACUGGUGCAAGGCCCCCAUAGACUCCCAGUUGAUGUCAAAACAUGUGUUCUCCGAUGAGUUGUUGAUCUCCCAGCUUGAUGAGGAGAUCCCAUCUUCAUCAGAUUGGAUAGAGUCCUGGAAAUCUGUGAAAUCUCAGCCCCAGUCCCAGUCCCAAGAGUCCCAGUCAGAGCCCAAAGGGACUGAAUUAGAGGUAGAAAUGUCCCAUGUGCCACUGCAUCUCCAGUUCCACAAGCUUAACACACCUUUCUCAAACUGGCACGAGUCUUGGAAAGUGUCAACUGCAAAUAACGAAGCAAUUGAAGAUGGAUGGAAAGGUUCCUGGAAAAUAUAUAGUCAGAAUCAAAAUCAAAAUAACACAAAAGCCCAAAGAGAUGUUGUGUUUUUCUCAAAUAAGUACAAGACCCAAAGGUUGCGGGGUGUCGACAGCAUGCCUCAGAGUGAAUGGUCUAAAUCCUGGAAGACCCCCAUGCCUCCCCAACAUACUUUCUUGCCAGGUUGGAAAGAAUCUUGGAAACAAAACAGCAAUCCAUAUUGGAAGGAUUGGCAUGAGUCCUGGAGUUUAUGCCAAGAACACCACUUUUGCAAGUCCUUUAUGAACUCCCAGUACUGCCAUCAUGCCAUGAUGAUGUCAAAAUGCUUGCUGACUAAUGAGCUGUUGAGCUCCCAGCUUGAUGAGGAGAUCCCAUCUUCAUAUGAGUGGAUAGAGUCCUGGAAAUCUGUGAAACCUUAUCCUCAGUCCCAAUCAGAUUCAGAAGAAACUGAAUCAGAGUUGGAUAUGUCCCAUGUGCCACUGCAUCUUCAGUUCUACAAGCUUAACACACCUUUCUCAAACUGGCAUGAGUCUUGGAAAGUGUCAACUGCGCAAGCUGUAGCAGGUAAAGACGAACAAGAACAUCCUUCAACAGAAUGGACUGAUUCCUGGAAGAUAUCUUGGAUGAAUCUAAAUAAAAAUGACUUAAAACCCCAAAAGGAUGUUGUAUUUUUCUCAAGGCAUAAGACUGAAUGUUUCUUGAGUGUUGACUGUAUGGUCCAGAAUGAAUGGUCUGAAUGCUGGAAGACCAUCAAGCCUACCCAAUACACUGAGACACAGGAGGAGGAGGAGGAAAAAGAUAGCCAUUCUGAUUCCUCAAAAAAUGUGUCACAUCUAAUAGAGAUUCCUUUGAAUGAUUGGGCAGAAUCAUGGAGGUUCAAGCCAGAGGACGAGAGCCCCACCUCACCCAAGACGGCACAGCCCCUAGCCCCAAAACCAGAGGAGGAGAUGCUGAAAGCCAGCACACCAUCACCUCCUCAGCCUUACAAAUACAAUCUUAACCAGGCAAGCUGGGGUGAUUCCUGGAAAAUCCUGAAGCCCCCACAGAAGGAAGUCCCAUCUGAGAAAAAAUGGUGGAGGGCGUUUAAGCAGGACAGAAAUCUACCUUUCAAUGAAUGGGCAAAGCCCUUCAAGUGUCGACCACUGCUAUUCAGUCGCUUACUGCACACACAAACAACAUCCUGGCAGCAGGGAUGGCCAGCGUUCAGCCGGGAACAAAGCAACAAACUACUGAAUGCUAAGCCUUUGGAUAACAAAGUAAACCUUCUGGAGUGGGAGGAUGCUUGGAAGACACUCAAGCGUUUACACAAGCAGCAUGCUGAGAACAAGAUGAUUACAGAAAGAGUACAGCCCGAUGGCUUCUUGCCAGGUUGGAUAGAAUCUUGGAAGGUCGCAGGUAACAAUGUCCAAAACAACAAUCCAUAUCUGAAGGAUUGGCGUGAGUCCUGGAGUUUUUGUCAUGAACAUCACUCAUACAGGGCCUCUAUAGACUCCCAGAAUCGGCAGUAUCUCCCAGUAUCACUAAAACACAAGCUGUCCAAUGAUCUGUUGAUCUCCCAGCUUGAUGAAAACAUUACGUCCUCACCAGAAGGGUGAGGACGUGCUGAAGACAACAUGCUGAAGACAACAUGCCUCAGAAUGAAUGGUCUGAAUGUUGGAAGACACAGCAGCAGCACCAGCAGCAGUUGGAGGACUGGGCAGAGUCUUGGAGGUUAUCUGUCGCCCCAGAAUCCAACAACUCAGUAUCACUAGACCGGUGGAAACAAUCAUGGAGACUCUCAAACCCAAAUCACCCACAUCAGCUUAACCAGGGCACAGAGCCUCUCAUACACAACGGCCCCAAACACCACAUGCAACUCCACGCGGUUGAACUGCCCCAGGCAGAAUGGAGCAACUCCUGGCAGUACCUCAAGUCAGACACUGGAUCCUAAUACGAAGAAGAAAACAGACAUACAGUAGAACAUUAUAACAUGUACGUCAAAUGAUCAGAUGUGUAUUUGAUCCUAUACUAUUUAUACUUAAUGUCAAUAUACAUACUUGUUAAAUGUCUUAUUACUGGACACAUUGGAGUGUGACGAGCAGAAUUCUCUGCUGCAGAGAGGAGGUUGGGGUGAAUGAAGUGUAUAAUGCGUGGUUUGCAUAGCUGUUGGAAACUUUAAACCUAACCUAAUCUCAACCUAAUCUAAUCUAUUCUAUUGAUUGAAAUGUUGUUGUUUUCUAUCGGCUGUUGUUGCUACUUCUAUUGUUGCUGGUUGUCUUUGUGACUAAAUUAAUGCUUGAUUGACGAACACUUUAUCCAUCUUGGAUUAAUAAAUAUAUUUAAUUAUCAUA